AUGGGUAAAGACUACAAGUACGGUGGUGGUUAUCGCCCAUAUGGAUACGCUCCGGCUCCAGCGGCUCCUUCAAUGGAAAUUACCAUUAAUCAGAAUCAAGGGUCAUCAGCAUCGUCCUUAUCUAGAUAUGGUAAUGCUUCUGCUUCAUCUCUCCCACGUCGUUCCGCUCCUCCGUCAGCACCUCCACCGCCACCGCCAGAGUAUUGUGUUCCCGAUCAACCAGGAUUCAAUCCAAUGUGGUUCGAUCGUUUUCCAAGAAGGGAAAAUCGGGGAAUGUUCAGAUUGUGCCUUGUUGAACUUAUGUUAGCAGUUGUAAUUCUUGGUGGCGGAAUCUGGUGUUAUCGUGACACAUCUGAUUAUUGUCCAUAUUAUUCCGCUAUUUGGACAUCAGCCAUUUACAUUAUCAAUGCAAUUGUUGGCUCAGCUGCGGCGAAAAUGGGAUCAAUCAAUCUGUAUAUGGGUCAUUUAACAUUAUCUCUCGUUUCUGUUAUGAUGUGCUUGAUUAGUGGAGGUCUAUCAGCAAGAAACUGGGCAUUGGUUGGAACUUAUCAUCAUCCAAGAAUCGAUCGAGAUGAAGCAUUCUGUUUGCUAGGAACACAUGAUACAAGCAGAAUUUCGUACAUUUUUUCUCACAUGGACAAGUACGAUUUCGCGAAGUGUUUGUGGCAACUGAAAGUCGGAGUGGCUGUGAAUUCCGUUCAAUUUGUGGUUGCUGCUAUCGAAGUCUUCCUCAACAUUCUGUCAGCAAUUCUCUGCAUGAAGCGAACAUGUACUUCUUGUUUUUGA